UCAUCACUCUAUUUCGCAUCAGGAAAUGCUUCGUGUGCUACGUAAGGGAGGCGCCGUCCGUGCGCGCCCCGUGGCUGUAGUUCUGCGUCGCUGGAAGAGCGAGAAGCUUACUCCACCUGUGCAGAAGCUUAGCGAUGACAUCCGACGCUCGCAGGAGGAAACGCGCCGCGUGCUGUUGCUAAUCCGCACCUUCAAACAGUAUGGACACUACGUCGCCCAGAUCGACCCACUACAGAAACGUACGUCUAAAGGUAGGCUUCUGCCUGUAAAGUGAGACUCACUGUGUGCUUUAGGGGAAAAACUGCCGGAGCUGGAGCGCUGGAUCAAUGGGGAUCGGUGGGUUGAGACGCCCUUUUUCGACGAUUUUAAUCUGCGCAGCCUCGCAUCCAAGAAUCUGCUAGAGCUCACAACGCACGGUGCGGACACGCUGCGGCGUCAGAGGAUAAUCAUUCGGAUACUUACGUGGUGAUUUUCGAACAGGUUUCACUGCCAGUGAUUUAGAUCGUGAGUUUUUCAUUGGUCAAGAUCUCUCCAUUGGCCCUGUAGCAACACUGCGAGAGAUCGUGACAGAGCUACGGGAGCUUUUCUGCGGACACAUUGGCCUAGAGUACCAACACCUGCGUAACCGAGACGCUGCGUUGUGGAUCCGCGAACGUCUUGAGAAGUAUAAGGUGACUUCAUGUAGUAUUUUUUGAAUGGAGACUCUUUUUGGAGUGGUUCAUCGUUGUAUUUUUUUGCACAGGAAAAUCAAUUCAGCAAUGAAGAAAAGGUGGACAUGCUGCGUCAAAUGGUGCAGGCGGAACUGUUCGAGCGAUUUCUUGGGCGGCGCUUUUCUGGAGCAAAACGCUUUUCUAUUGAAGGGUGCGAGAGCUUAAUUCCAGGUCUUUGUGAGCUUCUUGAGAGCGCCAGCGAGCACGGAGUGGAGGUUGUCCAGAUGGGAAUGGCUCAUCGCGGUCGUUUGAACGUCUUGGCGAAUGUCUUGCAACGACCGUUGCGGUCCAUUAUUUCCCAGUUCCAGCCGUAUCUGCCCGAUGAACCUGACUACCCGAAUAAUUCUGAUGAUGUUCGAUACCAUCUUGGAACAUCGUCGGUUAUUGAAAUGCGUAAUGGGAAGAACCUGGAAGUGACCUUGGCUGCAAACCCAUCGCACUUAGAAGCGGUGAAUCCGGUUGUCCUUGGCCAAGCGCGAGCUUGCCAAACGCAACUGGGGGAUGAUGGUAGUCGAGUAAUGCCGAUUCUGAUCCACGGAGACGCUUCAAUGUUUCAGGGAUCGGUCCGAGAGGCGCUGGGGUUCAGCUCACUGGAAGAUUUUAGAACGGGAGGAACGAUCCACGUGAUCAUCAACAAUCAAAUCGGCUUCACAACGCUGCCAAAGAACGCAGAUUCUGCUGUGUAUUGCACUGAUGUUGCUAAAGUUUCAAGGAGUCCAAUCUUCCACGUGAACGCUGAUGAUCCGGAGGCUGUGGCGAAGGUGAUGAGAAUUGCUGUCGAGUUCCGCCAGAAAUUUCAGUGUGAUGUGACGAUCGAUUUGGUGUGUUACCGUCGUCACGGUCAUAAUGAACAAGAUUCACCCGAGAUUACGGCUCCGAUCAUGUAUCACUUCAUUAACAAGCACCCUACAGUGAUCAAGCUCUAUUCGCAAAAGCUUACAAGUGAAGGUGCCUUGUCACCGAAGGAGUAUGUUAAGAUGUGCUCCACUUUUGAGGACCAUCUAGUCUCGGAAUAUCAUCACUCGCGCGAAAUCCAUUCAGGAUGGGACGAUCCCGGGGAUACGUCGUGGAAAACUGAGUGGUAUGCCGACAGCAAGAUUCCUAACUCGGAGACACCAGCCAACACUUCAAAUGUUUGUGACAACAACGAUAAGCAAAUCUAUGAUCGAUCAACAGGCGUUGACCAGAAUUUCUUAGAAAAGGUAGGCAGCCAACUUUUCCGCAUCCCGCAGGGGUUUUCAGCGCAUCGCAAGGUGGAGGCCAUUAUGAACAACCGCUUACGUGCAGUUGAAACUGGUGCCCGCGUGGAUUGGGCAACAGCAGAAAUGCUGGCUUUCGGCAGCCUCUUAGUGGAAGGAGUUGAUGUGCGCCUUAGCGGACAAGACUGCGAACGCGGUACCUUCAACCAACGCCAUGCCGUCCUCUACGACCAGUUUGAAGCGCUAUCUGGACGCAACUCAUCGUACACUCCUCUCAACAACCUCGACGUAGAGGGAAUCCGAAGUACGCUUCAAAUGACUGGGUUAGAAUCCGCGCGGCGGGGUCGUUUCGAUGUGGUCAACAGCCCGCUCAGUGAAGAGGGAGUACUUGGUUUUGAAUACGGAUAUUCCUUGCAGACUCCAAUGGGUUUAACUAUCUGGGAAGCCCAAUUUGGUGACUUUGCAAAUGGCGCCCAAACGAUGAUCGACACUUUUAUCACUACAGGUGAACAGAAGUGGCAACGACAGUCGGGUAUCGUGCUGAAUUUACCGCAUGGCUUUGAGGGCCAAGGACCUGAGCACAGUAGCGCCCGACUCGAGCGUUUUCUCCAAUUAGUCAACGAAGACAGCGACGAGUUCACUGGGGAACAAGAUGUCAAUGCUGCCAUUACUCGGACGAACAUUCAGGUGGUGAUCCCGUCCACACCUGCCCAGUAUUUCCACGCACUUCGCCGGCAAGUAUCCUCCAGUUAUCGCAAGCCGCUGAUCAUGUUCACUCCCAAGUCGCUUCUUCACCACCGGCCAUGCAACUCAGACUUGGCUGACUUGGUGGUGGGAACGUCGUUCCAGCGAGUGCUUCCACCACACCCUGAUGAUCAAGUUACAAUGGUGAACGAUGACGAGAUCCGCAAAUUGGUGCUAUGCUGCGGGAAAAUCUACUUUCCGGUGCGCCACGGAAUGCGGAGCCGUGGGAUCCGGGACAUCGCUACGGCUCGUAUCGAGCAGCUUGCUCCGUUCCCGUUCCACGAAGUGGCAGACUACAUCGCUCGUUACCCCAACGCGGAGAUUGUAUGGGUCCAGGAAGAGCCGAAGAACAUGGGCGCCUACAGUCAUGUUCUUCCACGGUUGUUGACUGUGCUAAAGUAUCUGGAUGAUCCCCGCAAGUUUUCUUACAUUGGACGUCCUCCCUCCGCUUCACCUGCUACUGGACAAUACGAAAUCCACCUUCAAGAGAUGAAGACGAUCGUCGACGAGGCACUCGCAUGAAAUAGCUAGGGUUGCAUUUGUAGAACGAUCAUACAACCUCAUACUUUCGCAAUAUCAUCAUAUCAUCAAGCGCCAGGCCCUGGCAGCCCAAGGGGG